UGACAGUUGUCAUUGCUAAAAUUUUCUAUCAAAUUUAUCUUUCACGAUUUCGUAUAAAAGCAAGUCUUAUAUGUGUAGAAGAAGCAUCACUCGAUAUUGUAGCGGAAGAUCGCAAUCGGGUACUCUCUCGACCGAUACUUGAGUGUCUUUUGGAAGGAGACUGUGAUUUACGAUGGCUAAGGAUGAAGCCAAGGGAUUGUUGAAGAGUGAAGAGCUCUAUAAAUAUAUACUGGAGACCAGUGUGUACCCACGAGAGCCAGCACCUCUCAAGGAGCUUCGGAACAUUACUCAUAACCACCCUCAAGCUGGUAUGGCUACUGCUCCUGAUGCUGGCCAGUUGAUGGAGAUGUUGCUGAAUCUUGUAAAUGCAAGAAAGACGAUUGAGGUUGGGGUUUUCACUGGAUACUCUCUUCUCCUCACUGCUCUUACAUUACCGGAAGAUGGCAAGGUUAUAGCCAUUGACAUGAGUAGAGACUCGUAUGAAAUAGGACUGCCAGUUAUAAAGAAAGCUGGUGUUGAGCACAAAAUUGAUUUCAGAGAGUCUGAAGCUCUUCCAGCUCUUGACGAGCUUUUAAACGAUAAAGCGAACGAGGGUGGAUUCGAUUUUGCAUUUGUGGAUGCAGACAAGGUGAAUUAUUGGAACUACCAUGAGAGGCUUAUGAGACUGAUCAAGGUUGGUGGGAUAAUAGUGUAUGACAACACUCUGUGGGGAGGAUCAGUUGCUGAACCGGACUCCAUCACCCCCGAAUGGAGGAAAGAAGUGAAGAAAACAACCCUUGAGCUUAACAAGAAACUCUCGGCUGAUGAGCGUGUGCAGAUCUCGCAUGCUGCACUUGGCGAUGGUAUCACUAUUUGCAGGAGAUUAUAUUGAGCUAUUUGUGGUGCUACGGUGUUGUGUUAUUUAUGAUCAUUUGGGUCCUGUGAUUGUGGAACUUUUAUAUUGAGAUAUUGUGAUGCUAGAGUGUUGUUCUUUGGGACCUUUUGGGGUCGUACUGAGCCUUUGAGCUAUUGUGAUCUUUUGGGUCUUGUGUAUGUGAACCUUUUAAUCAGUUUGUGGAUUUCUUCAAAUACCAAGGGUAACCUGUUACCAAGAACGUUUUAUGUUU